AUGCAUAGUUCCUCCGUGUCAACGGGUGAGACCCAGUCACCACUUCAGGAUGCGAGUCUCCUAUUAGACACCACCGGCCCUAAGGGCAGGGAUGGUGUGAACGAGAAGCAGCUUUUGAGCCAGGCAAAACCAGAGUCCGGUGCCAGCAUUCUUGGUGGAGAUGGAAGUGCUGUGAAGAAUGAAACUGAAAAGCCGUCAAGUCUCGUAAAGAGUAAUGAACCUCUUCAGGAAACAGCCGGUGCGACGACUAAUCAGGAGCCUGAGCCCUUACAAGAAAUCAAAAUCACAAGAGUGCCUCCAGAAAUGUGGCGAAAGGUUAAAAAGGAGCGCAAAGUCGAUACUACAAAGAGUGUUCUUCUAGUUUCGUCCAAAGGGAGCAGUAGUCUUCUACUGCAAAAAACCAGACAAAAACACACAGAGUCAAAAUCCAAAAGUGAGGUCUCCGAGGAAAAGUCUGAUGCACCAAAUCAUAUCUAUGCGCCUUAUCGUUUGGCCGUCAAUUCCACAUAUCUCCUGAGUGUGUUGGAGAAAUACACUGGAAUUCUUUUUACAGAGGAGCAGAACGUCCUGGUGAGGCCUUUCAAGUACCUUGUGGAGAUUGAACAAGAUAUUCGGGAGGCUUUUCACACUUCCAGAGUAGCAUGCGAGCAGGCGAGUAAUGAGCUAGCUCAGUCUGUACAAGAAGCCGAAACUCGCGGAGCGCAGGCGGAAGAAAGAGUGGAAACACAAACUGAGGGAAAGGGCCCGGAAAAGUUCAAGGAAGCUGUUAUCCGUAUGACACGCGAGCGAGAUGAACUUGGUUGUCUCGUUGAAUUUAUGGAUGUCGACAUGAGAGACAUAUUCAGCGUCAGACGACAAAUUCAAACACAAUCAGUGGACAAAAUAGCGUUCGAACACCUGUGGCAAUUUUUCAAACCCGGUGAUUUGGUUUACAGCUGCCCCGAGAAUGAUGAGAUCCGACGACAAGCGUAUCGAAUUCUUCAUGUCACUGGUGGGAGAGUGUGCUUUGAUACCACGCGGAGAUCCUCAUUCGAUCCGAUCAAUGAUAGACAAUGGGAAUCCGACUCUGAAAACGAUGAGAAAUGCUGCGACGCUGUGAGAUGCUCCGGGACCGAGACAACAAGCUUCAUCAUCGAUUGUUUUUAUCUUGAUUCUGAUGGGACUGCUCUAGCCCCUAGAGGUAAAAGAUUUGUGGUGACGCCGUAUAGCGCGGAAAGGCUGGUUAGCUUGCUCCCCCUACAACACCUCUUCCUUGAUCCAAAACAUCAACAAAUUAAGAAUGAUCUGAUCAAAAGAGGUGCUCGCUUUCUUCAACUAGCACCACGGACACAUUUGUUGUACCACGGGACAACCCUCAACGAAUCUAAUAAAGUUCAAAGCAGCUACAAUAAUUUUGAGAUUCAAGCAGCAGAGGUUCAUGGCGAGGUUAUCAUCGACCAAGGGUCGGGAGUGCAGCACUUUCGCGAGCAGUUCUAUAAGUGGAGCCUGAAAACCAGUGGGCGUAUUGUUCAAACCCCCACAAAGACCGACAAGAGAGAGAUUCUCGAUUAUUUCCCUAAAAAGAGUGAUGGAGAUUGGGUAACGGAUGUCUUCGAUGAUUCUAUCUUUGAAGAGAAUAGGCGACAAGAGUUCAUGGGGACUACAGAACUGGGAAUCAGACGCAUCAUCAACAAUAUUUCGAUAUCGGAUGAUGAGCGAAUACUUCUUCCACCUCGUCUGUAUGGAUAUUCUUUGCUGGACCACCGGUGGGCCUCAUUUUACAUCAAUAUUCUUAAAGAAAUCUCCAUGGAACGAGCACAAGAAGGCUGGUCCAAGUUGGAGGACUUGGUUUUACCUGAUCAACACAAGACCAUUCUCAUGGCAUUGAUUACAAAUCAAGUUCGUUUGCCAUCUUAUACAACCUCCAAUGACUCGGAACCGACCCGUGAUCAAUUCUCAAUGGAUGUUGUUUCUGCCAAAGGCAAAGGCUUGAUCAUUCUACUUCAUGGCGCACCCGGUGUCGGCAAAACAUCCACAGCAGAAUGUAUCGCCGCAAAAUUGAAGCGACCUUUGUUGCCAAUAACUUGCGGAGAUAUCGGCACUAGCGCUCAAGAGGCUGAGAGAAAUCUUGAUUCAUUUUGCACUCUAGCCCAUCGGUGGAGGUGCGUACUGUUGUUGGACGAAGCCGACGUUUUCUUGGCAAAACGCGAGCGUGGUGAUAUCAAAAGAAACAGCCUGGUUUCCGUUUUUCUUCGAGUGUUGGAGUACUUUUCCGGAGUCAUCAUAUUGACAACCAAUCGAGUUGGCGAGUUUGAUGAAGCCUUCCGAUCGCGAAUUCAUAUUUGUCUCUAUUAUCCAAAGCUGGAACAAGAUCAAACCAAAGAAAUUUGGGAUAUGAACAUCCAGCGAAUCAAGAAAAGUAACUUGGAAAUCGAUAUUGACGAAAGGAAGAUCAAAAGAUAUGUCGAUGAACACUGGAAAAAGAACGCGAAGCGACCCACUCGACGCUGGAACGGCAGACAAAUAAAAAAUGCAUUCCAAACAGCCAUCGCGCUCGCCAAUUGGGACUUCUUUGAGGAAGGCAAUACCUCUGGGCUGGAACGACCGCGCAUUACGGUAGACCACUUCCGACAUGUGGCCAAGAUAACUGCACAUUUUGAUGAUUAUAUCAGUGAUAUCCACGGAGCACCCGAAGAAGAUGCUUAUGGUACUCUCGCAGAGAGAGAUGGGCUUCGCAAGGACGCUCGUCCAACUUCGAACUACCGCAAUCAAGGAAAUAUGCAUAGGCGUCGAGAGGCAGAACCAAGAGCUUUCCGACGCGACGCCUCCUAUGAUAGUUCUGUUAACCAGGAUGAGGAUUAUAGUCAGGAUGACAGCGGACCUGAGGCCAUGAGAGAUGGGGAUUUUGAUGCUGGGUAUGAUUCUGAUGAAAUCAAACAAUUGGAGCUUCAAGUGAAGCUUGCAAAACUGAAGAAGGGGCGCAGGAAUAAAACAACGACACCAUGGCAACGGGGUAGAGACGAAGAAGACAGAAUUUCGAGGUAG